AUGGAGGUGGAGGAGGAGGAGGGAAAGACGCUCUCCACACGAUCAUGUGGAUCGGUGUGUUCCCGAGAGUUUUUUGAUCGCGUAACGCAAGGGUUACGCGACGAUCUCGAGCAUGAGCGGAAUAGGCGUCUCCAGAUGGUGGACACUGCCUCGAAGCAUCGAGCUGAGUUUGCCUUUGCUCAGCUUGAGAACGAGAGAUCUCUGACAUCUCUUCGUGACGAGCUAAGGGUAGCUCGUGGGAUUGUUGAUCGGUCUCGGGCUGAGAUAACUGCUCUUCAGACCCUUGUUGAUGCCCACCAUCGGGAGCACAAGGCUCUCUGCGAGAUGCUUGAGCGCAAGGGCGUUCUUCAUCGGAAGAAGCAGCGUACUGAUGGUACGGCUUAA